UUGCUCCCCGGAAUCGUUGGAAAGCAUCAGUCCAUGCUCGUCGAUCAGUAUUCAACUACAACUAUCACAGUUUAGUCCAUUUCAUAUCCGUGCUAUUAAAAUAACAUUGUCUUUUCCAUUUUUAACAAUCUAUUAUUGUUAGAAUGAUUUUGUAUUACUUGAAGAACGGUGGACAUUAUUCAAUAGUGAACUUUCUCUCUUAAUCAUUUCGAUGUCCAAAUAGUGAUUGACUCUCGGUUUAUCGGAUUCAGUAAACAAAGCAACGAAAUUUUGUUAUAAUUUUUUCAUUCACUUUCAUGGAUUCCGGCAAAUAUUACAAAUCAUGUUUAAACGUAAGCGUUAAACUUAAGAAGGCAUUUUUGAAUAAAAAAUUGGGUGCUAGCGAAAUAUCUUUUGGAAGUGUAAAUAUACAAGAAUGGCACUUGACUUUACUGCCGGUUGUCUUGGAGGGUGCGCCGGUCUUGUGGUGGGAUAUCCUCUGGACACAAUAAAAGUCCACAUUCAAACACAGGACAGCAGAAACCCUCGUUUCAGGGGCACAUGGCACUGUUUCCGAUCAAUUCUAGCCACAGAAUCGAUAACAGGUCUUUAUCGAGGCAUGACGUCCCCAAUGGCCGGAGUAGCCUUCAUAAAUGCCCUCAUCUUCGGCGCAUACGGUGAAGCUCAACGUCACUCCUCCAGGCCAGACGACCUUUCAACUCACUUCCUAGCAGGGGCAGCAGCGGGUCUUGUUCAAUCCCCAGUGGCAGCCCCCCUAGAGCUCACUAAAACCCGAAUGCAGCUGCAAUCCCAGGGAUCAUCCCAGCGAUCAUCCUACGGAGGACCACUCGAGUGUCUCAAACAUAUCUACAGGCAUUCAGGGCUGGCAGGUGUUUUCCGAGGACUGGGAAUCACAGCCCUCAGGGAAGCACCGAGUUACGGAAUUUAUUUUUUUACAUACGAGGCUCUCACCAGGAGCGAAUCAGCCACUCCAGAAUCAAUUUCGACAAUAACGAUGCUCAUCGCUGGUGGACUCGCCGGUACAGCUUCCUGGGUAUUUACUUAUCCAAUUGAUGUGAUCAAGUCGAGAGUUCAGGCGGAUCUACAGCAGAGGUACCUGGGAAGCAUCGACUGCCUGAAAAAAUCCAUUAGAGAUGAGGGCAUCUCCUGUCUCUUCAGGGGCCUCAACUCCACCAUUAUACGGGCUUUUCCUACAAAUGCCGCUACGUUCGCCGUUGUCCAUUGGACUUUCAGAUUAUGGGGAGAGGAAAAUCACCACAAAAAGCAAGAGAGCAACCAUGGCCUAGGAGUCACUACACUGGGCGUCGUCCAAGAGACUCAUGAGUGUGUCAGCAACAAGUGGAGUACUUUCGUCAAUAUGUGGACUGGUGAUGCCUACGCUAAUUCUUUUUUUCUGGCCAUCGCCAGGGCUAAUUCUCCUGCUGCAAAGGAUGGCGGUGGUGGAGGGAAGGGUAGUAUUGUUGAAUCUGAUACUGCUACUUCAUGAGAUUUACUCUCCCUCGCCUAUUUAUAUUUCAAUGCUUUUUUUUUGUAAUUAAAAGGGACAAAAAUCUCAUUUAAAUUUUAAAACGAA